AUGGACAUCAGGCCACUACUUCUAAUACUCUCUGCGUGUGGGCUAUCGCAGGCUGCAACCUCAGACUUGGAUUAUGGAGGCGUGCCUCUGUGGAUCAACCGGUUCCGGGGGGAGCGCAGCGUGUUCACUCUGAGGGGUCGGAUGGACCCCGGCUGGUUCCGGCAGAGUUGCCCUCCAGAAUGUGACUGUCCAAUCCAGUGGCCCACUGCUUUGUACUGUGAACACAGGGGUCUGGGCAGGCUUCCUGCAGGCCUUCCAUCCAGGACUGAAUACCUCUUUCUCCAAGGUAACAUGAUCAAUGGCUUUGGCUCUGGUGUUUUCACCAAUGCCACCAUCUUACGCUGGCUGUUCCUGGACCGCAACCAGCUUCUUAGCAAGAAGCUCGACAGGAUGCCACUGUCUAGUCUGACCCGAUUUGUGAACCUCUUCAUUAACCACAACAACCUGACAGAGGUACCAGCAGGGCUGCCCAGUACACUCAGGCAGCUGAGAUUGGCAUACAAUCAUAUUGAGAAAAUUUCCUCUGGAACAUUCCAGAAUCUGACAAACCUGAACCUGCUUCUGUUGCAAGGCAACCAGCUGAAGACUCUUGGAGAGAAUGAUUUCAAAGGCCUUUCCAUCCUUAACCUAAUGGACCUCAGCCACAACCACCUGGACACUUUCCCCAAGCAUCUGCCUCCAUCUGUUCAGCAGCUUUACCUCUCCGGCAAUGUCCUGACAGGCAUGUCAUCAGACAGCCUCCAGGGCUUCAGUGGGCUCCACUAUUUGCGUCUCAACCACAAUCAGCUGAAAAGUGAAGUUCUGCACCCCAGUACCUUCAACGUCACCUCUCUAGUUGAGCUGGAUCUCUCCUACAACCAGCUCACCCAAAUCCCAGUUGUUCCCACCACCCUGCAGUACCUUUACUUGGAGGUCAACAACAUCGGAGAAUUUAACGUGAGCAGCCUCUGCCAGACGGUUGGUCCAAUGUCAUAUUCUCAUAUGAAGAUACUUCGCCUGGAUGGAAAUAAAAUGGCAGAAUAUCAGAUGCCCCCUGACUGGGUGUACUGCCUCAGAGUCAUUCACAACUUUUAUAUCUGA